AUGAAAGGUGUUGAAGAAUUGCUGGGAGAUGUCCACAUCAAUGCCCUAGACACAGUUGAAAGAGAGACUUGGCCAGUGAUUCGCCCUUACAAGCCUGGAAGUGAUCUGAAUAAUUGGACAGCGGAAGAGAUUCCUAUAGUUUUUAGAGCUUGUUCAGAGUCCCCGGAUAUCAAUGAUAUGAAUGACGCUACUUCAAACUCAGAAUCACCUUUUGAACAAGACAUGUAUUUAGAGGGAUCACAGGAUUUUGAAGAUGACGUAGACUAUGAUGUAUCUCCGGACUUAUUGAGAAUGGUAGAAUAUGAAGAUAAAACGGAAGAUGAGCAUGUUCAAGUUUUGCGGAAAUCAUUUUUGAGACUAAGAAAUUUCCAGCUCAAGCUUAAUCCAACAAAGUGCGCCUUUGGGGCUAGAUUGGAGAAGUUGUUGGGCUUCAUAGUCAGUGGGAAAGGAAUUGAAGUUGAUCCAGACAAAGUCAGGGCAAUACGAGAUUUGUCUCCACCACACACACAGAAGGAAGUGCGGGGUUUUCUGGGAAAACACAAUUAUAUUUCUCGGUUUAUUUCACAACUAACUGAGAAAUGUGAUCCCAUAUUCCGUCUUCUAAAGAAGCAUAAUCCGGGCGUAUGGGAUGAAGAAUGCCAGAAGGCUUUUGACAAAAUAAAACAAUAUUUGUCUAAUCCUCCAGUGCUAUCACCACCUAAUCCGGAUAGGCCAUUAAUAUUGUAUUUAACAGUGUGGAAGUUAAAUUUUGAUGGAGCCUCAAAUGCUGUGGGUAAUGGAAUUGGGGCAGUCCUAAUAUCUCCAAGCGGAGAUCAUUAUCCUUUUGCUAGCAAACUGGAUUUUGAUUGCACUAACAAUAUGGCAGAAUAUGAAGCAUGCAUUAUGGGCAUUCGUGCAGCCAUCGAGCGUAAAAUCAAAGUGUUAGAAGUAUAUGGGGAUUCCGCAUUGGUGAUAUACCAACUCAAAGGAGAAUGGGAGACAAGAGACCCUAAACUGAUCAAUUAUCGAAAGAUGGUUCUUGAAUUGAUAGACGAGUUUGAUGACAUUACUUUUUCUUAUCUUCCACGAGAUGAGAAUCAGAUGGCUGAUGCAUUGGCUACCUUAGCCUCUAUGAUCCGAGUGAAUAGGUUAGAGGAUAUGAAGCCUAUUCAGAUGAGUAUUUCGGAAACCCCGGCUCAUUGUUAUAAUGUUGAGGAAGAGGAAAACGAUGACCAUCCCUGGUAUUUGAAUAUCUUGCAAUAUGUAAAGAAUCGUGAGUAUCCAGAUCAAGCAACAGAGAAUGAUAAGAGAGCACUGAGAAGAUUGGCUAUUGACUAUGUUCUAGAUGGAGAAAUCUUGUACAAAAAAGGGAAGGAUCAAGUACUGCUAAGAUGUGUGGACGCAGUGGAAGCUAAGAAAAUUCUAGAAGAAGUCCAUGAGGGUAUCUGUGGAACACAUGCAAAUGGUUUCACAAUGGCCAGGCAGAUCAUGAGAUUUGAGUAUUAUUGGUCUACUUUGGAAAGGGAUUGCAUCAAUUAUGCUAAGAAAACGUCUGUCAGGACGUCGACUGGGGCAACACCUUUCUCUUUGGUUUAUGGCAUGGAAGCUGUUUUACCUAUUGAAAUAGAGAUUCCUUCUCUCCGGGUAUUAUCUGAGUUGAAAUUAGAUGAGUCAGAAUGGGUUCAAUCUUGUUACGAUCAAUUGAACUUAAUAGAAAGGAAAAGGCUAAAGGCUGUUCGGCAUGGUCAGAUGUAUCAAAAAUGGAUGAUGCGAGCGUAUAACAAAAAUGUUCGUCCCAGAGAAUUUAAUGAGGGGGAGCUGCCUUGCCUCCCUGAGUUUGCAGUGAAGCAAACUGAAAAUGGCAGAUCUUGCCUUCCUGUACUGACAAUGAAGCAGAUUGAAGAUAUCAGCCCUGUCUCCCUGGGCAGUAGUGGAGUAGGUUGA